UAGAAUUCAUGUGACAAAAAUGAUUGCAACUUUCACCGCAAUUGCCGUUCUCUUGAUAAUAAAAGGUUCUGAGGCUGGACUUUACGACCUCUUUACGCCAGAGUCACGAUUAUCUGGAUUUAUCAUGGAAAAGAUUUCUCCGAUUGGAAUGGUCAUGUGUGUUAAAGAAUGUUCGAAAAGACGCUUUUGUGCUUCCUUGAAUUUCAGCCGAAAACGCUUAGAGUGUGAGUUGUCACAUAGUGACGUCUCAACAAACCCGUCUAACAUGGUGUCUGAUCCUGAUUUUAUCUACAUUGGAAGGAACCAAAUACCAGAUGAGUAUUUUGAUUCAAAAACUGCGUCCUGUCCAGCAAAAGGAAGAUCCGUUAAUACAGCUACUGGAUCAAAAUGCGUCAAAUCAGAUUGUCCUUCUGAUCAUCCUGACACCAAUGUAACCACAGUGAAGGUCACAUCCACCAAGGUCGGGACCGUCCUAAAUUACACGUGUAACUCGGACAUUUCAAUUACCUUGACCUCUACAUGUAGAGGGAAUGGAACUUGGACAUCUUCUGCUUUUUUAUGCCCGGACAUACCUGACUGCUUCAAAACACCAGCUUCGUGUUGGAUCCAGUAUAACUUCACUUAUGACAACACCUGGGACGGAUGUACCGGGGGAACUCGUUAUGUCCGGAGAACUCAGUAUCCUUCCGCCCCGUAUGUGGGCGUGGUCCUAUGCAGCCCCACCAGGUACAAGAUAGUUUUGGGAUCCGCUUUUACCGAUAAAUUCCUCAGCGUUGGUGAUGGUAAUGGUUCAGGGGCGGAUCACUGUGAACUUGUAGGCGGAUACCAAACUGAGGCUAUAAUGGCAAAUGAUUAUACAACAGCUCCAACUGUUACGGGAUAUAAACGUUCUAACUGGGGUGAACCUUUCACGGUUGGAACGAUUGGUAAAGCUACCUCUUAUAAGUGCAAUUCAUGGCACGAAUGUGGAAUUACUAUUCCAACACAGCCAGAACCUCCCUGUUUCAACACUUCGACAUCGUGUUGGUAUGAGUAUAGCUUUGUCCAUGAUACUGCGUGGAACGGAUGUACAGGCGGGAAGAGAUACGUCAUGAAGACCAAAUAUACUUCCGCUCCUAUUGUCGGAGUAGAACUUUGUAGUCCAACAAGGUACCAGAUUUUUCUAGGAGGAAAUUUAACAGAUGAAUUUCUUAACAUUGGUGAUGAUACUAACACGCCGGGGGCAGACCACUGUGAAUUGGUUGGGGGACAAGAAAUUGAUGCAGUACUCCCUGGUACCUACGGCAACGCACCUGCAUUGACAGGCUAUGCAAGACGACAUGUGGGCUAUGAAUUCAGCAUACAAGCCAUAGGAGGGAACACUGUUUGGCGCAGUGAACCAUGGUACGAGUGUGGGGUGCAGAUACCUUGGCCUCACGAACCAGCUUGUAUGAGCGCCACGCCCCCUUGUUGGUACGCCUUCAACGUGUCAGUGGACAACACUCCUAGUCCUUGUACCGGCGGACAGAUACUCGUCAAGAGAACCAACUACACAUCGACUCCCUAUCUCGCCGUGCAGCUGUGCAAUAGUAACAGGUACAAGCUAUUCCUCGGUUCUAGCUUAGGAACUACGUUCAGAAGCAUAUAUGACCAAAGUGGGACGGGCCAAGAUCAUUGUGAACUCGUCGGCGGAUCUGACGCUAAUGCAAUUACAGAGGAAUACAUCUUAUCCUCGUAUGUUAAAGGUAAAGUGUGCAAGUAUUUACUUACUUGUAUGAACGUCCUUGGUAGAGGCUAA